UCACACUCUCGGAAAAGCUUCGAAUUUACACCAAAAUAAUACUCUGAAACAAAUCUCUAAUUUUUUGGAAAUAAUACAGAAAGGACAGAACGAUGGAUGAGGACGGAUUGCCAAUAGUAGGAUCCGGGGUGGACCUUACUAAAGUUCCAGCUAUCCAGCAGAAGAGAGUCGUGGCGUUUCUUAAUCAGUUCAUAGUGCAUACAGUCCGCUUCCUGAACCGGUUCUCCACCGUCUGCGAAGAAAAAUUGGCCAACGUAUCCCUCCGGAUCCAACAAAUUGAAACUACGCUUAGCAUUUUGGAAGCAAAGCUUUCUUCCAUACCUGGUCUCGAGACUGUCACGGUCGAGGGGGCGUGUCCGCCGACACAGGCGUCAGCAGGCGUUAAUGGCUCAGUGAUGAUGUCCAGCAGCCAAUCGGAAGUGCCGGCGGCUCCCUCUUCUCCCGAGGAGGCGGGGCAGCAGCCGAGGACGGAAGCGCCGAAAGACAACGUUCCGACCGUCGCCAAAGACUCACGAUAUGCCAGAUACCUGAAAAUGGUGCAAGUGGGUGUUCCGGUUAUGGCCAUUAAAAACAAGAUGGUCCAGGAGGGCCUGGACCCAAGUCUGCUUGACACCCCUGAUGCUCCUGUGCCGGAUGCAGGGAAGGCCACAGAGGAAGCAGAUGACAACAGCUCUGACAGCGAAUCAUCUUUCAGCGAUUGAAACCCCGCCCUCUCCCUGGCCUAUCCAGGGCCAGUGUGUGUGACAGGCAGGACAGGAAGUCCUGCCCCUUUGCAGUGACUCAAAGGACGAUAAUGGUGCUUUUUGGGAAACAAUCUCUAAAUCCCAUAAGAUUAGAUACGUCUUACAGCUCAGUGUAAAAAUGUGUAAGUAUGAUAAAGGGAUAACACCCAUUUGCUCUUUGAUUUUUUAAGGACAGUACAGUACACUAGUGAAUUAUGGUUCAAUUAAGUGCACAGAAUAGUAGCAGUAAUAAUAACAUGCAGCCAAACUUAAUCUGACCACACAUAAAAUCUGCCACGUUUUCAGAAAUGCGCCAUAUUCUACAGAAGUGCCAGCUUUUGUGUUAUGUGGAUUUCCCGUUAAAAACAAAACCUUGACCUCAUUCACCCUACCUGUAUUUCCCGAGUUGCGCUUUAAGUCUGCUAAAUUUCUGUGUGGCCGCGGCUAUUUGAGGAGGGUGCAGUGGCCCGAAUUUUCCUAUUACAGAUAAACAUUAGAACUGCUUUCAAAACCAGUAGACGAGUCGAUAAAAUACACUCACAUCUGUAUAGUUUCAAUGUGUAUUUUUUUACUGCGUUCAAAAUUGUGUGCAUAGGUAAAACAAAAGAAGUAAUACGUGUAAAAUAAACAUUAUCAGCACAUUGUUGGUGUCUAA